GUGGAAAGCGGCAAUCCCGAUGGACUUCCGUUUUGCUGCAAGCGGGCUGCUGCUGCGGUUCCUUCCAUGAGUCUCGUAGGGAUUGGACCUCUCCGGCGUAAUCGGCUUGAGUCCGGAUGGCGCUGAGAACGAUUCGAAUUGAAACCCAGGAAAUCCAAAGAAGGAAGCCCGAACUUUAAAGUUUGGAGACAGCCGGGCCUGUGAGGCGGGGACUCGGGAGGAGAAUCAACGGGAGAGGCUGGGAGUCGGCGCUGGGGAGCGUGAGGCCUUCGCAGGCCGCUAUGUCAGGGGACAAGGCCCGUCCCAGCCCUGCGGGGCAGCACCUCUCGGUGGGUCUUGCCACGGGGAACCUGGGGGACCCCGCUUCUUCCCCAGCAGAACAGGUUCUCCCCCGGUUCUUGCGGCUCUUUGGAAGCGGGGCUUCCUGCACAGCCAAGCUGGGGCUCGUCAGAGACCUUUCCGCCCUGCUGGACGCUGCGGACCCUCGGUGGCUGUUUGGGGCCGCUCCGGCCCUGCUUCAGGAACUGGUGGUUGCCCUGAGCCGCUACGCAGCGCCUCUCCAAUGGGAGCCACAGGGAGAAAGAUCCCCCAGGGAAAACCCUUUUGGUGCAGCAGGAGCUGAGCGAGCAGUGGAAGUCAGCCUGGUUUUCUGCAACAUCCUGGCCAAAGUAGAAGAGGCGAAAGACUUUGAGGGGUUGGACUCUGCAGUUACCAGCUCAAUCCUUCACCAAGUGGCAGGACCCAUCUUCAUCUGUGCAGUGACCCAUGGGGCAGAGAGGCCAUGGACCCAGCCCAGGAGUCAGUGUGGGGCUCAGGAGCUCUUGGAUGCUCUGUUGCGUGUUUUGGAGUAUAAAUCAAUACCCGAGUUCCUCAGAGGCACACGUGAAGGUGAACGUGGCUGGUUUGUUGUGGUGAUGCAGUGCCUGAAGCCAGAACUAACCAAAGAAACAUGGCAGUGUAACCCAGCAACAAAGUACGUGUUUUGCUUCGUGCUCCAGGAGAUUCAGAGACCUUGGCUUGGUGAUCACCUGGAAAAAGUUCUGCCACCUUCACUACUGCUGUCAGAUGACUACCGAGUAGAAAAUAAAAUUCUGGGUGUACGGUGCCUACAUCAUAUUAUUCAAAAUGUGCCAGCAGCUGUCCUUGGCCAAUUUAACAGAGUUCAGGUUGUGUAUCAUGCUCUCUUUAACCAUCUCUACAGCAGGGAGGCUCAACUUGUGCAGGUUGUGUUGCUGUGCAUACUGGACGUGCUGCUAGUCUUGGAAAGAGCCCCACAGCAGUUGUCCCCUAAACCCCGACGUGUCACAGCCUCUGACAGAGUCCUCCAGCUGUUACUGACCCACAUGGAAGCAGAGAGCCAGCUUUCUUUGCGGAGAAUAUAUGCCAAGAGCCUGCCUGCCUUUGUUGAGAGGCUCGGCAUCCGGAUUGUUCAUCAUCUGAAGCGGCUGCAGCGAGUGAUUGUGGGAUACCUGGAAAUCCCUGAUGGACCAGAGGAAGCUGCUCGGAUUGCAAUGUUAGAAACACUGAAGUAUACGAUAGAGUACGCCUGGCCUAGAAUGACUUGUCGUCUUGCUAUAAUUCUCAAGGCUUUGCUGAGGAUGAUGUGGGAUGUGGUCACAGAUAGGAGCAUCAUCCCUGAACCUGUGAAAGCAACUUUGCUUCAGAGAGCCACCAAAUGCCUCCUCUUGUUGAAUCACUGUUCCCAAGGACAGGUGAAGGUCCUAUUGCAAGGAGUCUACCAAAGCUGUGAAAAUGAACACCUCAAGGAAUGCCUACAGCAAAUACAAGAGGAUCCUGUCACAAGUUUGUCUGCUGAAAAACUCCAGAGAGAUGUUGGUGAAGGGGAUGCCUGUUUUUUGAACCUGGACGGAAAAACUUCAGUUUUUUAAGAAUGAGAGAAUGUUCUUGCUCUUUAACAGUAACAGUAAAAGAAAAUAACUUUU